ACGGACAAGGCAGCCGCUUGUUUGACUUCUUCUUUCCCUCUCUCCCUCUCCCCCUCUCCCUCUCGCUUUUGCUGGAUUAUCGGAAUAACGCGAACACCACACGAUAUACGUUUUUACGAGAUAAGAGAACGCUACCGCUAUCAUGAUGAACCUUGUCAUUUCGCUGUGCUUGCAGCUGUCGAUGUUUAUGCUGGCUGAGGCUGCGCCCGUGGCGGUGCAGUCUGCUAAGCCGUGGCAGGCGGGUACUGGAGGUGGGAUUGUGGGGUUUAUUGUGUUGGUUCUUGAUAUCAUUGCUUGGAUCGAGAUCUUCAAGUCCAACCGUCCCGUCCCCAACAAGGUCCUCUGGGCCCUCGUCGUCUUCCUUUUCCCCGUCGUCGGAAUGCUCAUCUACUACCUCUUCUCCAACCGCCAGGCUCACAACACUUAUGAGCCUAUUCCGGCUUAGAUGCGAGGUGUAUGGGUCGCAAAAUCAUGUCCAGCAAUGUCAACAUAACACGCGAUAUGGGAAUCGAAUUGCGCCUACGAGGCUGAUUGAAGGAAUGGUCGGAUCAAAGAUGAUAGCAGGGUGUUGGGCGUUAUAUGCAGGCUUUGUUCGUCGGCAGGGGUAUCAUGGAGGGUUAAUCUGGUAUUCAGCGAGUUCAUGGGCUGUCACGGCAGACCUGUUUACAUGACAGACAGACAAUCGAAUAUAUGACCGUCCCUCCACGUUUCA